AUGUCGUCUUCCUUCAUCAACGGCACUUACUUGCCUGGCAGCGUUCACAGCGCCAACACUUCAAAGAAGGUCACUCAACACAGGUCAUCACCGUACCUCAGCAUCCAAAACAGCAGCGCCAUGGGUAGCUCCUGGCCCCCAACUCAACUUCAUCUGCGGGAAAUAAUGACCCCGGACUACGACAACGACAUUCCAAUCUUGGAGCGCAACCUUGACUUCAUCGACGACGACCCGCUUACAUACUUCCUCACCCCAACAAAGGAAGAGGAUGACCCGAUGAUGGACUUUGACGCCGGGAUCGAUGGCUCCUCGGCCGACAUGAUCCGCUCCGUCAGCCCCUCGCAGCUCGACGGCGGCAAGAAGAGCAGCAGCAACGCCACCAGCAGUAGCAGCAGCAGCAGUCCAUUCGCCCGGCCGCCAACGCCACCACGCUCACCGCCGGGGCUGGGCGAGUCGACUGACGAGGAGAUGGACGACGACGAGGACGAGUACAUCCGCCUCGGGUCGAGGAGCCAAGCCCUGCUCCCGCUGUCGCUGAGCGACUUUUCCAAGGAGCAGGCCCUGCUGAGGACGGCAUCGUUCCCAGGCCGUUCGCAGCGCGGCCGCAGGGUCACCUACACUGCCAACUCGAGCCGGAGGAGGCUGUCGCCCCGGUCGUGGAGGGAGCCCAGCCCCGACGUGUGGAGCAUCGAGGAGGAGCCAGAGGACUCUAGUGCCCUCAAGGCGGCAGAGGAUAAGAAGAAGGCGGCAGAGGGCAAGCCCAAAAAACGGGUGAGGUUUGUGCUACCUGCGGAGGAGUCGUUUCAUUGA